AUGAAAGAUCUCUGCUUCAAGCUUGUUUCCAUUAUUCCUUCCAAGUACCUCAAACCCACCAAGGGCAUGCUUUCCCAGCAGGAUCAGCUUGAUCUUGCAGCCACGUAUAUACAGCAUCUGAGAGAAAGAAUAGAGAAACUGAAGGUUGAGAAGGAACAAGCCAUGGACAUGAUGAGAAUAACCCACACCAAUAAUGGGAUUUUCAAUAUUGACUCUCAGUUGCCUCUACUUGAGAUAAAGGACUUGGGUUCGGGUAUUGAAGUGAUGUUGAUAAGUGGGGUGAAUAAGAACUUCAUGCUCCACGAAGUAAUUAGUGUCCUUGAGGAAGAGGGUGCUGAAGUUGUCACUGCCAACUUCUCUACCGUUGCUGAUAGGGUCUUUUACACAGUUCAUGCUCAGGUUAAAAUAUCAAGAGUUGGUGUUGAGCCGACGAGGGUAUAUCAAAGGCUUCGGGAAUUGAUUGCACCACUAGAAAGCUGGCAGUACAUAUAG